UCAGUAUCUGUAGACAAGAUGGAAUCAACUGCAUUUAACAGACGGCAAUGGACUUCACUGUCUUUGAGGGUAACAGCCAAAGAACUUUCUCUUGUCAACAAGAACAAGUCAUCAACUAUCGUGGAAAUAUUCUCCAAGUACCAGAAAGCAGCUGAAGAGGCCAACAUGGAAAAGAAGAAAAGUAACACCGAAAAUCUCCCCCAGCACUUUAGAAGGGGGACACUGACUGUGUUAAAGAAGAAGUGGGAGAAUCCAGUACCGGGAGCAGAGUCGCACACAGACCCUCUGCGAAACAGCAGCACUGAGGUUAGACACAGAGUCACCCACCCUCCUGUUGAAGUGACAAGCAGCUCUGCUUCUGGAGUUGACCACGAGGAACAAUCCCAGUCCAGACGCAGAUUUGGAUCACAUCCUGAAACCCUUACUCAGCGCCGAUAUCCCGGCACUGAAGACAGUGAGGAUCUUAAAGACCGCACAACAGAAAGCAAAAAAAUGGAAAAUUGUCUGGGAGAGUCCAGGCAUGAAAUAGAAAGAUCUGAAGUCAGUGAAAACUUAGAAACUUCAGGCAAAAUAGAGAAAUACAAUGUUCCACUGAACAGGCUUAAGAUGAUGUUUGAGAAAGGUGAACCAACUCAAACCAAGAUUCUUUGGGCCCAAAGCCGAAAUACAGGUGGAAGGAGGAUCUCUGAAAACAGCUAUUCUUUGGAUGACUUGGAAAUAGGUCCAGGUCAGUUGUCAUCCUCUGCAUUCAACUCAGAGAAAAAUGAAAGUAAGCGAAACCUGGAACUCCCACGCCUCUCAGAAACCUCCAUAAAGGAUCGAAUGGCCAAGUACCAGGCGGCUGUGUCCAAACAAAGUAGUUCAACCAACUAUACAAAUGAGUUGAAAACCAGUGGUGGUGAAAUCAAAACUCAUAAAUUGGAACAAAAGGAGAAUGUGCCCCCAGGUCCUGAGGUCUGCGUCUCCCAUCAGGAGGGAGAAAAGGCUUCUACAACUGAGAAUAGCCUGACAGUCCAUUCCACCCCUGCCGAAGAUGACUCUCGUAAACAUUUGCCUUUAGCUCUCGAAGCAGGUAAUGCCCAGGUUAAGAGUGAGGCCCAGCAGCCGGUGUCCACCAAACCACUGAGUCCUGAUGCCAAAGCCUCCAACCUUUCUGAAAAUUCUCCUCCAAAAGCAGUGAAGAAGUUUCAGGCACCUGCAAGAGAGACCUGCGUGGAAUGUCAGAAAACAGUCUACCCAAUGGAGCGUCUCUUGGCUAAUCAGCAGGUGUUUCACAUCAGCUGCUUCCGUUGUUCUUACUGCAACAACAAACUUAGUCUAGGAACAUAUGCAUCUCUACAUGGGAGAAUCUAUUGUAAACCUCACUUCAACCAACUCUUUAAAUCUAAAGGUAACUAUGAUGAAGGCUUUGGGCACAGACCACACAAGGAUCUAUGGGCAAGCAAAAAUGAAAAUGAAGAGACUUUGGAGAGAUCAUCCCAGCUUCCAAAUGCAGGGGAGACCCCUCAGAGCCCAGGAGUAGAAGAUGCCCCCAUUGCAAAGGUGGGUGUGCUGGCUGCAAGUAUGGAAGCCAAGGCCUCCUCUCAGCGAGAAAAGGAAGACAAGCCAGCUGAAACCAAGAAGUUGAGAAUUGCCUGGCCACCCCCAUCUGAACUUGGCAGUUCAGGAAGUGCCUUGGAGGAAGGGAUCAAAGUGUCUAAGCCCAAAUGGCCUCCAGAGGAUGAAAUCAGCAAGCUCGAAACUCCUGAGGAUGUAGAUCUGGAUCUGAAGAAGCUGAGGAGAUCUUCUUCAUUGAAGGAAAGAAGCCGCCCAUUCACUGUUGCAGCUUCAUUUCGAACAUCUUCUGUCAAGAGCCCAAAAGCUUUGUCCCCACCUAUCAGGAAAGGUUGGAGCAUGUCUGAGCAGAGCGAGGAGUUUGCAGGAGAGAUAGUACCAGAAAGGAAACAAGUGGAAAAUGCCUGGGUCUCCGAGAAGAAUGGGAAUGUGGGAAAAAUGGCCUGGCAAAACAAGGAAUCUAAAGGAGGAGAGGCAGAGAGAAAGGAAAUUAAUAGUUUUGAGAUGGGGAGUGAGAAUCUCAUAGAAAAUGGUGCAAACAUAGAUGAAGAUGACAACAACCUCCUCAAACACCAGUCUCCACCAGAAUCCAAGUCUCCAAAUAGGUCCAGCUUUGUAGAUGACACCUCCACUAAAGAAUUUGCUACUCAGAAUCAGAAAUCCCAGGAUGUGGAAUUCUGGGAGGGAGAAGUAGUGCAAGAGCUGUCUGUGGAAGAACAGAUAAAGAGAAAUCGGUACUACGAUGAGGAUGAAGAUGAGGUUGAGGAAGAAGAAUGACAAAUUGCAAUGGUGUUGGGCCUUAAAUUCGUGUUAGUGUUAGUGAGCCACUGCCCUUUAUCAAAGUGAUGCACAGAAACAGGUAUUGGAUUAUGAACUGACAUUUAUGCUAAAGCAACUUUGGAAAUGAAUUUCUGCUACCAAAAAAAAAAAAAAAAAAAAUCCCAUACUGCUGCUUAAGUGAACCAGUUAUAAACACUAGAAAUAACAUUACUUAAAUCUUUCACUUUAAUAGUGACAAAAUGCAUAAAUGCUUAUAAGCAGGGAAAUAUUCCAAGUGAUCUAGUCCAAAUUCCAUUGUAUUACCAAAUGGCAAUAUUAAAGUAAAUGGAUGAUUAGUAUACAUUUUUACACUACAAAUCCUAUUGUGGAAUUAGAGAAUAUACAGAAGGAAUUUAGGGACUGACAUGUUAUGAUUAAAUGCACUUUAGCAUAAAGGGCAUAGUUGUAUAUUUUUAACAAUUAUCAAUUUUUUAGUAUCUACUGUUAAGAGAUCAAAUAUUUAGUCUUUUUUUAAAAUUAGGUUAAUUUUCUUACUCUCAUAUAUAUGUGGGGAAUUUUUUGCUUUACAUCCUGCUCUAAAUCUGGAAUUGAAUUAUUGAGGUACAUUACAGCCAUCUUUUCAGAGCACCUUUUGAGACUAAUAAAGAACCAACCUACAUGCUUUGGUGCCUGGAGAGAUCCACUGUCUCCAAAUAAGUUAUGUAUUUGCCAAUGAGUUUGAUUACACCCCAAGUGAUUGCUUUUUUUUUUUUUCCUGGUGGUAUCUGUGUUUCUCACAAUUCAUUGAAAGCUGCAUCUUUUUUUGUGAGAACUAUUGAUCACUGUUCACCAUGCAAAAGGAAGAAGAAUAACAGAAAGAACCGCCUUAAAUGACAUGAGCUCAGACCUCCAAAUCCUGUAUUUCACUUCUGAUAUCCCCUUUCUGAGGCAAUAAUUUUUUAAUACUUAUCAGCUCUGAAGUGCAUUGAUUUUUAUUGCAGACAACAUUCCCAGGUUGAAUUAAACCAACCCUAGGCCUUUUUCUUGGGAUGGUUUUCUUUAGUAUUAAGGCUUUAGAACAUUAUAAACUUUACAAGAUUUGUUGUACAUAAUUGAUAUUCCAAAUUGUAUGUAUGAGAGUGAAAGGUGUUUUAAAGAUAUAGCCUUUUCUUUUUACUGCAUUUAUAGAGAUUUAGCUCUAAUAUUUUUUAGAUAUGUAAAAUAAUCUGCUUUCUUACCAUCUUUCAUAGUCUGAAACAUUUUUAUUCAAUAAAGAUUUUAAUUUACAUUUGAA